AAUUAUAGUUGCUUUUGUUUCUUUGUAUAUGUGUGUGAAUCAAUCUUUCUUUUGAUUUGAAACAGCGGAAUACAAGAAGGGUAAUCUUACGGAAUGGUUCUUUAUAUCUGAGAGGACAAAGAUUAAAACAAACGGCCAGAAACAAAAACGUGUUGAUCACAAUGGAGGAUACUGGCAUUCAAAAGCAGUUACCAAGAAGAUUAAAGUUAAAAAAGAUGUAGUUGGCUACAAAACCACACUAAAUUAUUUCGUUGGCAAACAACCAAACGGAGAAAGAACAAACUGGUUAAUGCAAGAAUACUGGCUUGAGUCUUCUGGCCAUAACAAUACGGUAUGUAUUGUGUCUUGUUUUCCAAGUUAUUCAGAUUGUGAUAGUUUUGUAUUAUGUUAACCUUUUUUUGUUUGGUUUGUGUAUGAAGGUGGAUUAUGCUUUGUGUAAGAUUUAUCUGAGUCCAACGGCACAAAAGAACAUGAAAGAAGAAGACGUUGAAGAAGUAGAAGAGGAGGCUAUGCAGCCACGUACUGUUGAAAUUCAGCAACCGCAACCACCGCAGUUUUAUCCAACCCCGUUGGUUUCACACCAACCGCAGCCGCUGCCGCAGUUUUGGCCUACCGAACUGGAUUCAUAUCAACCGCAACGUCAAGAUAAUGAGUAUCAAGAACCGCUCCAAGCACAGCCUCUUAAUACUAUCUAUCAACAUCAAUCGCAAUGUCCUAAUAAUGAGUCUGAGUAUCAAGAACCGCACCAACCACAGCCUCUUAAUACUAUCUAUCAACAUCAAUCGCAACGUCAUAAUACCGAGUCUCAGUAUCAAGAACCGCACCAACCACAGCCUCUUGAUACUAUAGAUCAUCAUCAACCACAAUGUCAUGAUAGUGCCUAUCAAAAUCCGCCCCAACCACAGCCUCUUGAUACUAUCCAUUAUCAUCAAUCACAACUUCAUGAUAUUGAGUAUCAAGAACCGCACCAACCACAGCCUCUUGAUUCUAUAGAUCAUCAUCAACCACAAUGUCAUGAUAGUGCCUAUCAAAAUCCACCCCAACCACAGCCUCUUGAUACUAUCCAUUAUCAUCAAUCACAACUUCAUGAUAUUGAGUAUCAAGAACCGCACCAGUCACAGCCUUUUGAUGAUAUCAUUCAUCAUCAAUCGCAUCAGGUGCAGUUUUGGCAAGCAACAUCUGGGUCACAUCAAAGGCAGCUUCAGGAUCAGCUCCCACAGUCUUGGGCAGCCCCUUUGGAUUCAUACCCACCGCAUUGUCACAAUAUUCAGUACCCACAACCGCAGCCUCUUGAUGCUAUUGAGUAUCAAUACCUAUAUCAAUCAGGUCCAUUAACAACGUAUAAAAACGUGAUUGAGUCUUGUACUCAAGACAAGUCAAAUGGUGAUAUCAAAAAGGUGGAUCAUGCUCUCAAGAUUCAUUUGACGCCACGGGGAAUAAAGAGAGAAGUAGAGGAAGAAGAGGAUGAGAAGAGGAAGAGGAAGAAGAAAGAAGGAGCCGUUGAAGCACCAAAACAAGAGCUUGAGCAGCUGAUCAACUCUCAUCAGAACUCAAGCGAUAAUGAUUCUUUUUUCACUGGCUUCGUUGAUACACACCUACUACAUAUAGACAUAGAGUCGUCCAUCAGUAACUGUUGUUUGAAGAAAUCUCCAGACGAGAAUUGAAGAACAUUACACACUCAUCUCAUCUGUCUAUGGAGAUCUGCUCAGUUCUUUCUUUCUGUUUCUGUUAGCUCUCUAUCAAGCUUUUUGGAUAACAAUGGUUUAUUUAUGGCUUUUGUUAUCAGUUAAUCUUUGUUUCCUUCAUUACACAUUCUCUAAAUCCAAGAGAUGUGUACUCUUCCCAUCUCUGUUGCCUUUCUAAACUUGAUAUUACACUAACUACACUAGUCAUGACACGUGAUAAAAUAUUAGCUUUCACUGUCAUUAAUUCGGCAGCAAAAUAUAUAAAAUCGCAUUUUACAUUAUCAAGUUGGCAAAAAUAUGUAUUUUAAAUCUUCGAGUUUAACAUAUAACACUUUAAACAAUGAAAGUAGUUGUAAUAACAUACAAUACAAACUAUAUAAAUUAAUACUCGAUAAAUUAAUAAAUACUAUGAGUUAAUAAAUUUCCCGGUGCCCGAGUUGGAGCCAAUUCAAAAUAUGAUAGAAAUCGAUAAAAUAAAAAGAUAAUACUCUCUGUUUCAUUUUAAGUGUUGUUUUGAGUUUGUGCACACAGAUUAAGGAAACAAUUAAUUUUGUAUAUUUUCUAUAUACCUAUAUACCUAACAAUAUUUCAACCAAUACAAAAAUUAAUUUCUGAAUAAAAUUAAUAAAUUUUUCAUUGAAAGUUGAAAACGACACUUAUUUUGUAAUAAAUAAAAAUUUCUACAACGACACUUAAUAUUAAACGGAUGGAGAAAUAUUUUAGUGAACCCUAUAUAAAUAUAUGGUCCCAUUAAAAUCAUAAAUUAAUAAUGUUUGAAUAUACAUUUUACAGAAGUACAAACAAACAAUUAUAUCAUUUUUUAUUUCACAAUAGAAUUACCUUUAUAUUUUCUUAACACUUCAAUAUACUUUACUAGUAUAUAGUACAAUAAUAUCUAAACCUCAUUUAAAUUUUAUAAAACAUAUGUUAUAUACACAAUAUAGUAUAAUAAAAAUAACGUGAAAUUUGAGUUUCAGAAUUUAAUUCAUUUAUAUACGAUAAAACAAUUAUUUGCAUAUUUUAUAAAAAUUAAAAAAAAUUAAAAAAAAUCCAGAGAAGAAUUUUUUUUUCUAAAUUAAUAACUUUGUAUAUUAAUAAAAUAUCUCAGUUCCAACAUUACUAAUUUAGAGAAGUUUUACUAUAUUAAACACUAAUAUGUGUUCGUCUAAUCAUGAGUUACUGUUCAUUAUACGGUAAUAAUGGAUGACACUGGAUUUACAAUUUUUUGAAAAUUGUUACUUUAACUAACUAAAUAUUAAAAUAAAAUAAUUAGAUAAAAACAAAUAUAAGUAACAGAAAAUAAAUAAAAAAUCAUUUAACAUUUUACAAAUUCCAAAUUCAAUUAUUAUUUAUUUAAAAAUUAAAAAUAUUAUUUUAGAAAAGAAAUUAUAAAUUUUUAAAAAGAAAUCAAAAUAUUAUUUAAAACAAAACUUUUAUAAAAUUUUCAUAUGCUUCAAUUUUCUUAUAAUCUUUUUAAGUUUGUAGAUUUCUUAAAAAAAAUUAUAUGAAUCUAAUUUUACAAAAACUUCCAAAAAUAAAAUUUUGGACAAUUUAUAUAGGAAAAUUAAAGCAUACAACAAAUUUGUUUUUCUAAUAGUUAAUGAAAAUUUCAAUAUUUUACUAUUUAAAACUAUAUUUUUAAAGUUUUGAAUAAAAAUAGUUUCAAUUUAAAAAAAAAUAGAUUUUUAUUUUGAAUUUUGAAAACAUUUCAUAUAGUUUUAAAUUGUAGAUAAUUUUACUUAUUUUUAUAACUUAUAUUACUUUAUAAAUUUUUAUGUAAUUAUUAUUACUUUUAUUGUUAUUGUUAAUUAAAAUAAUAAAAGUUUUUUAAAAAUCAAGUUUUUACCGGCCAAUGCAUAUAGCUAGUUAUAAUUUCGACGUGGAAAACAAGUAAGUUAAUUUUAAUUACAAUUUAAUAUUAUACUGAAAUGAUUUGGAGAAAUUGCUUGAAAUAUCAUAUUGGAUACCACAUUUCAAAUAUACACUCAAUCAAAAAUAUUCUAACAUUUGGUUUAUGGUUUAUUGAUUAUUGGUUAGGAUUCAGUAUUUAUAAGGCGAGAUUGAGUUUAAAUUUUCUAUAAAUAAAAUUUUAGACAUUUAUAAAUAGUUACAAUAAUUUAGUCUUUUAAAAAGGUAUGUAUGUUUAAAUAGGGUUUGCAAAGUUGUUAAGAUUGUAGAGUAAUGUAUUUAACUUCUUGUUUUUAUUCUUGUUUUUAUGUGUAAUAGGUGGUUCAUGCUCUCAAGAUUCUUUUGACGCCAAGGGGAAUACAGAGAGAAGUACGGAAGAAGAGGAUGAUAAGACGAAGAGGAAGAAGAAAGAAGGAGACGUACGUUGAAGCAUCAAAAGAAGAGCUUGAACAGCUGAUCAACUCUCAUCAGAACUCAGAUGAUGAUGAUUCGUUUUUUACUGGCUUCAUUGAUACACACCUACUACAUAUAGACAUAGAGUCGUCCAUCAAUAACUGUUGUCCAUCUCCCUUUUAUUGAUGGACGACUCUAUGUCUAUAUGUAGUAGGUGUGUAUCAAUGAAGCCAGUAAAAAACGAAUCAUCAUUAUCUGAGUUCUGAUGAGAGUUGAUCAGCUCUUCAAGCUCUUUUGAUGCUUCAACGUACGUCUCCUUCUUUCUUCUUCCUCUUCCUCUUCUCAUCCUCUUCUUGGGGAAGCAAUUUUGUGACGUUGAGUCGCAAAGAGACAUUAAGGUUAAUCAUGAUUAGUGAUCAAGAUAAUCUAACAAACACAAAGAAAAUAGAUUCAAGAUUCAAUCUUUCACCCAAAAUAUCAAUAUGUUUUAAGAGAAAACAAGAUAUAUCCAAAUUAAGGUCUAAAAAAUAUUUAUAGAAGGCUAAAACUCGAGUUGGGUCAAUCCAACAAGCAUGGAUUGACCAAUAAAAAGUUCGGUCUUUUCGUUUGUAGUGACCUGAUAAAGUCGCUAUGGUCGUAGCGACUUAUCUUGGUCGCUACAAUGGUGGUGCUGCAACACUUGGAAAGUUUCAUAAAUCUUGAUUCUAUAGCAACCACUCAAUGUCGCUAUGGGUGGCCGCUAUAGAAGGUGCUCCAAAAUUAGCGACUCAUGAAGGCCGCUACGUAAAGCCGCUAUGUUAUUUGGCUUCCGUCUCUCUCCUUCGUAGUGACCACCACAGGCCGCUACGCUUGACCGCUAGGAUCCUUCAAUGACUCAUCUACACUCUUAGGACACCAAAACACUCUUUUGGCCACAAAGUUCAUCAUGAAGCUCUCUCCAACACCUGAUAAGGACUAAUCCAUGACAAUGCAACCUAAAUAUGUGUAAAUGCUAUUCUAAAGGAUCAAAAUGUACAAUAAUGGAUGGUUAAAACAAUGUAAAUAUGCAAGAUAUCAACUCCCCCAAACUAAAAUUUUACUUGUCCACAAGUAAACUUUCAAGAUUAAGAAGGAGAUGAAGUUUGAAGGAGGGAGCAUAUAACCAAAAGAAACCCUUCAAAGCCAUCAAUGUGUUAUCCUUACAUAAUCAUACUAAAUAGCAAGAGCAAAACAUCCUAUUAAACUCUAACUUUUUUUGACCUAUCUCAACUCCUUGAUCUUUACAAACAAGCCAAUCAACCAACUCUCACAUUCAUUAGACAAUAAUCAUAAGUGCAUUCUUGCAAAUGGGCAAUUGGUCCUAAUCGUUUGGCUUGGUGAGAAAAAAGGCUUGAAGUUAUAGUGAAGUAAGAGGGUUAUCAAGUUCUUUUCAUGGUGGUUUACUCUCAAGAACAAGUAGCUUGACAUUAUGCAUGAUAUACCUAAGAAAGAUAACAACUUAUACAUACAAUGUUCAAUCCUCAUUGUUAUACCCAUUUCCUAUUCAAAAGCAAUUUCUACCAUUGAAGUGGUAUACACAUGCAUUUUACACCUUCAACUUAUUUGACUAACACUUUUAACGUUCAAAGUGACACAUAGCAUUUUUAUGAUGACAUGUCAUUUUUCUAAAAAAAAUAUUUAAUAAAUAUAUAAUAAAAUACAUAAUAUUAUGAAAAAAAAAUCUAAAAAUCUAAAAAUUCAAAAAAUAAAAAUUAUAAAUUUAAA